AUUACGUCAUAAAUUAGUCAGACAAUUUUUAUCUAUAUUUUUAUUUAGAAGAAGAAGAAAAAAAGAAAAGACAUUUCUUUAUGUGGAUAAAAACAUGUCAUGUCUUUCAAAAUGUGACAUGAUAUGUCUCGUAAUGAACGACGAAUUAAUAGGUAUAUUCUACGAAAUUACAAAAGACGUAUAAUUCAUGAUAGGACGCAAGUGCCACGAUAUACGUAAUUGCGAUUGAUAUCACAAGGAUAUCGAUAAACCGUAAAGUAGGAUGUGUUAGCCGACGUUAGUCUGUCAGUCUUCAAGUUAGUCUACCAUCGUUAAGACAAAACAGUAAAGCCAUGAUCGAAAAUCUUAAACAAGCAUUUUUUCCUCUUUUGCUUACCGGCUCUAUACUCGGAAUAAUCAUUAUUGAAUAUCCUACGUACAAAUUUAUCAUUUAUAUUAACAUUAUAUAUAUAUUGUGUUGGUGGAUCGGUUACUUCACAUUUUUCAAAUAUCUCUUCUAUUCUAGCCUAUUUAAUGUUUUAUUUGAUAAUAUCGCAUCCAUUAUCGUUCUUCACUUCAACAUGAUCACAACGAUUACGUCGAUGGUCUUCUGCCUGUACAACAGCAAAGUACGGUAUCUUUUAUAGAUUUUAACGUUACUUUUUUUACUUUAUAUAAAAUCUUAUCGUUAAAACUUUAAUAAUUUUAUCUCAUAACAAGGAAGAUUCAUUUCUAUUGUUUUAUUAUUAUUUUAAUUUUUUUUUUUCCUUUCUUUUUUUUCUCUCUUUUUUUUUCAAGAAACUUGCAAAUUGUUUGAAAAGGAUGACUGCGCUCGAUGAUACUUUGAAAGGACUUGGUUUUCAAACGGAAUAUAAAAAUUUACGAAUAUUAAUGAUAUUCGUCGUUAUAGGAUGGCUCGUAACAAUUGUUUUAUUGAAUCUUUCCGAACUUUUUUUACAUGUAAAAGUAAUCGAUGUGUCGAAAAUUAUUAUUACAUGCUUAAUUAAUCAGCCCAUUCAUAACAACACGAUUUUGGAUCUUAUAUUCAUCAUUCUUUUGUUAUAUGAAAGAACUAGAUUCUGUAAAUUAAAUGAAUAUAUAACUCAACGUUGUAAGAUAUGUAAACAUCGCUCUACAAAAAUAAUGCCUGAAGAGAUUACGACAAGUACAACAAAUUAUUCUAAUGCAAUAAAUAUUAACGAAGUAUUGCGAGGAAAUGGAGUUACAAACGAUUUCAAGAGUUUCGAUAUAUGGAUAACAAUGCAUAUUCAUCUGGAAUUGAGUACGAUAUGUGAUGAUUUGAAUACAAUAUUUGGAGCAGCAAUACUUUUAGAGAUGAUAUCUUUCUUUAUUUGCGAAAUAGGCUUAAUUUGCGAAUUGUAUUAUGCAUUUACUAAUUUACAUACUUGGGAAUCGGAUAGGAUAAAGAAUGUCUUAGAUAUUGUUAUAUGGAGUACAUUUUAUAUAACCAAAUUACUCUCGAUUAACUAUAUAUGCGAGAUAGUUAAGGCUGAGGCAAAUAGGACGCAAGUACUUAUUCAGAAAGUAAUGGAUUCCUUUCAUAUUACAAUACGCGAAGAGGUUUUUCAAUUCAUAUCCGAAAUGACUUAUAAGCGAUUGAAAUUUUCCGCAUUUGGUUUUUACGAAUAUGGUUACAAAUUUAUUCGACAGUUUUUUAAAGGUAUUACAACCUUUCUGAUAAUCUUAUUACAAAUGGAAACUUCACCUGAGAUUCCUAAUGACAUUACAACUUCAUCAACAUUAACAACAAUAGAAUCUAAUCUAUACAAUAGUUCAAUGUAAAAAUGUAAAGAUUAAUAGAAUAAAUAAUCUGUAAU